AUGGCUUCAAAUAAAAAACCGCUGAUAGAUCAGCUGGACAAAGACAAGCUCAAACAGAAACUCGAUGUCUCCCACUUCGACUUCAACGCCAUCCUCCGAGGCGCCCAACUGACCAUGGUUGGUGCUCACCGCGCGAUGCAAAACCCCGGCCUCUUCACUUCUGAGCACUACAAGCAAGCUGCCAUCGCCGUCGGAGCCGGAAUCGCCAUUCGUCUUCUCAUCGUCAUCCCUCUCGUCCUCCUUCGGAUUCUCUUCUGGGUGCUCUCCUUCUUCGUCAACAUCCCCUGGGACGAGUCAUUCUUCACCUUCAUCGAAGAGCAUGUCCUUCAAUUUCCCCUCUUCUUCAUGAGCCUGGUCCGCUACAUCACACCUACUCUCGACGACUUGUUCAUGGAUAGCCUGCAGUGGGUGGAUAUGACGUAUAUUCAGAAACAUAAGCAUGACGAGGACCCGUCCAAGCUGAGGGCUAUGUACUACCCCAGCCUGAGAUUGUACAAGAAGAGCGAUGGGAGCACCAACUCGACGAGCACGGCGGAGAACGUGAGUAUGUUUCUGUUUCGGUUCGCGAGACGGGGCGCGAUUAGCUUGGGGGUGUUUUUGCUGAGUUACUUGCCGUAUGUGGGGCGGUUUGUGCUGCCUGCUGCUAGUUUCUACACGUUUAACAAGGCUGUCGGGCUGGGACCAGCCGGGAUUAUCUUCGGAACGGGGAUUCUGCUGCCUAGGAGGUAUCUGGUUAUCUUCUUGCAGAGCUACUUUGCUAGUAGAGGCCUGGUCAGAGAGCUGUUGGAGCCCUACUUUGCGAGAAUCAAGUUUACCAAGGAGCAGAAGAAACAGUGGUUCCGGAGCCGUGAGGGGCUCUUGUUUGGAUUCGGCAUUGGAUUUUACACGCUGUUGAAGACUCCAUUGUUGGGAGUGUUGAUUUAUGGCAUUGCCGAAGCUAGCACUGCCUAUCUCAUUACCAAGAUCACCGACCCCCCUCCGGCCCCGGCCGAGGCCAAAGAGUUUGCAGCCGGUCAGGUCGAGUGGAAGAACAAGCAAAAGUUCCUAAGCCUGAGCCUCGACAAACUCGAUACACUCCACGACAAGCCGCCUGCCUACUCCGAGACAGAUCCACACCCAGAGGCAAGACCGAUAACUGAGUAA